AAAUAAAAACAGAAAGUUAGAUUUGUCCACCGUUCACGGAGCUGUGGAGGUGUUGUCGGCUCAGGUAUGGCCAUGGCCACUCGCUUCUCGAGAAAAGCGCUGUCCUCGUCAUCAUUAACGUUAAUCACUCUGCUUAGAAAAUUAACGUCUGAGAAUCGGAGAUGGACCUCUUCAUCCUCCACGUCAAAGCCUAACAAGAAGAUGACAGAUCGUUUAUCCACCGUAAUUGACGCCGUCAACGACCGUAAGCUUCCUCCUGAGCUCCGUGGCCAACGUAAUUCUGUCAGGUCGGAAACAGAUAUUAUAAAUGUCGUUGAGCAAAGAAUAUGGCAUUCCAUGGAAGAAGGUCACUUUGAGAACUUACCGGGAAAAGGAAAACCCCUGAACCUUAGUUCUAAUCCUCAUGCAGACCCAGCUGAAGACACCUUAUAUAGAAUCCUCUCAAAAAAUGGAUGCGCACCAGAGUGGAUAGAGCUCAACAAAGAGAUAAGAAGUAAAGUAUCCGAAUGGCGGGUUGCACUGAAGAAAGCAUGGAAAACUAAAUGCAAUGGGGAUCAUUCUAAAUGGACUGAAAGCUCUGAGGCUUUGAAAGCGCAAUUGAGAGAUAUAAAUAAUAAGGUUUUCCGGUACAACCUCAUUGUUCCUUUUGGGCGACAGAUGUUUGGACUGAAGUGGGAAAAAGAAUUGGAUCGGUUGAAUGAAUGAUACUCUCUCUCUUUUCCAGUCUUUCAGAGUGGUGAAAUCAAUUUUAGUAAUGUCAACAUGCUAGCAUAUAAAAGAAAAUGCAAGGGGGGCACAUUGGUCGCUUCCUCUUUUUUGUUAAGUUGUAGAAUAAUAAGAUGAAAUCGUUCUCUAUGACUUUUUUUAUGAGCCAUUGAAAUGUAAUAUUGGUUUUGGACAGCAAUGUAAAAGCUUUGAUCAAAGCCGCCAUAUGCUUCAACUGUUGCUUUUAAAAUGCAGUUGAAGCUCUUCAAUGCAUAAUUCUCGAGGUUGAGGGCA